CAAAUGACGUUGAGAUCUCGUAUGGAAAGCUGUCAGACCAUGGGAGUUCGCGAGGACAGUCGAGGGUCAUCAGAUGAAGAGGUCGUGAGUCCCCGUCCCCAGGACAGUUCAGGGACACCAAAGAUGUUUCUGGAAUCCGAGCUGGAGGAACCAGCGUACCAACACAAAGACAACAACAAGCUGAGCCGGCUGAGCGGACUCAAGUCAAAACACGUACCCAGCAAACUGAAACAGCAGAAGAAACACGGCGAGGCCCGGACGUCGUUAAGUGGCCACCCUAACGUCUUGAAGUCGAACCCGUCUCGGACUGUAACGUCGCCGCCGUCGUUAUCCCAUGCAAUGAUGCCGGCGUUAUCGACGUAUACCGAGUCGUUGCGUCAGAGCUGUUUAUCGAAGCCGGAUACGGAAGCGGGAGCUAUUCUUAGAGACAGUGAGAUUUUAGCUGCGGAGAGUUUAAGAGCUAAACAGGACCUGCGUCUCGCGGGGUUGUUUAAAGACAGCGCAGCCAUGAUGUCGUGUAGCGAAGCCAGCGCUUUGUCGUUUUACCACAAGGCGAUGGGGCUAUCGUCCCGACCACCAGCACACUACAGCGACAAACUCAACAGACAGCUACAGCAGCUGGACAGACUGAGCCCAGAGCCGCGGAGCCCGUUACACGCCAGCCCGGGGGUGGAUGUUUUUCACAGCCCGACCCCGCGACCCGGGGAUAGAGUAGAGGAGAGAGUUGACUCUAGCAGGUUUUCGCCCUACCCUGUCAAACACACCCCCUGCACGCCACCUCCGCCUGCGACACAACCUGCGCAGGUUUUACCUCUCGUCUUGGACAGGAACUUGACCCCAGGGGAUAAACCGCAGUGUGACAUUUCUUCUGAAGAAUCGCCAUCAAAGUCAGGGACCCGAGACAUGACCCCCGGGACCCGAGACAUGACCCCCGGGGUCACAAACUCUACACCAGAGUCCGGCCAUGACCAGUCGUCAACGUCCCCAUCAUCGCCGGGGUCCAGGAUCGAAUCCCAGUCAAGAUCAGCCCACAAAACCACGGCUUUUAGCGUGGCGGACAUAUUGGACCCGUCCAAAUUUACUGGCAGUAACCCCCGGGGCCAAGUCUGGAACCCGUGGAGGCCCGUGCCAGAUACCCACAAGUCAGACCCCCAAGGACUACGUCACGACGAUGACGUUUCUCUGACGUCAUCGCAAGAGAACUUCGACCCCGAGGAGGACGUGGACAUGUGCGACGAGGACGGCAAACCUCUGGUGGACGACGACAGCGACGACGAGAAAAGAAACGGCGACGACAGCGGCAACAACAGCAGCGACAGCGGCAAGCAGGGCAAGCCCCGGCGGGCCCGAACGGCCUUCACCUACGAGCAGUUGGUGGCGCUGGAGAACAAGUUCAAGACCACUCGCUACCUCUCCGUCUGCGAGAGGUUAAAUCUAGCUCUGAGCUUGAACCUCACAGAAACACAGGUGAAAAUUUGGUUCCAGAAUCGCCGCACCAAGUGGAAGAAACAGAACCCUGGCCUGGAUGUCAACAGUCCCACCAUUCCCCCAUCUUCCGGGGGGUUCGGAUCUUUCUCCAGCCCGUACUCCAGCAUGCUGUACGGCCAGUCCCUCCACCCCUACCUGCCGUCCGCAGGGCUCAUGAGCCCGCUCAGUAUCCUCAGAGCCCACGGCUCCUACGGCUCCGGACAAAACCCGGCUGUGUACUACCCCUACUUCAGCCAGACCACGUGAUAGUCGGGCCGGAGGUUAAAGGUUAAUCUGAUCGGUCAACUUCCGGUACUCUCAGAGACUUAGAAAUGUCAAGGUCACGAUCGAGAGCCUCGACUUCAAUUUAAAUCUAACUCAAGGCAGUGAUUGAAGAUUAGGAUAUUUGACGUGUAAGAAAUCAAAUGUGGAACAUUCUUUCAAAAUGUUCUGUUUAUUCUAGAACAUAUGACGUAAUCAGUUUAUGAGUUCCACACAAGGAUUCUGGAAACCAGACGAUUGUGUUGGCUGGUUCAGACUUGGCGAAAAGACAAUGUAUGUAUUCUCUUAUCGACAGGAACUAUUCGUCAACGAUUUCAUUUCCGUCAAGCGCAGACAAGACCAGUAAAGCUGUUCCCUGUUCCCGGACUAGGUCUGUAGAGCUGUUCCCUGUUCCCGCUGGUACAUGGAUGAAUGUCACGUGAUCGAGACGUUCAUCGUUUCACAAGAGAUAAAGCUGGCACU